AUGACGGCCAACGGAACUAACAACAAGAAGUCGGGGUUAGUGACCUGGCGAUGCUCGUCUCGCUGCAAAGCCGUACGUUGCCCUUUCACCGUCAGCCAGAGAGGUGACCACUUCGUCCAGAAGAGAGAGCACUUGCAUGCUGCAGUGCCAAACCAAGAACUGCGACAUCGGGCGUACUCUAAGGCCCGAGCAUUAGCGAAGACCGGCGUCUUUAUUCCUUCCCGCACCAUCUCCGAGAACAUCCUUACGGAAGAGUGUGGUAAGGAGGACGUCGCUCGGUCCCGAGUCAAUCUUCUAAAGAGAGCGAUGAACCACGCCCGCGCCCGUCUGCGUCCUAAAGAGCCAGACACUCUAGACUUCGAAGUUGACGCCGACAUAAUCAAUGCGGAUGUGUUCCCUGUGAAGGACAUUCAGUGCGAUUCACAGCGGCACUUCGUCUUCGCGACUGAAUAUCAGCUUUAUAUCCUGCGUCAGGCGAAGAGAUGGUUCAUGGACGGAACAUUUAAGAGAAGUGGGCAGCUGUUUACGAUUAACGCAUUCGUUGAGAGAGAGGGUGCCAGCAAACAGCUACCACUAGUAUUCGUGUUGAUGAGCCGUCGCACACAGGCCGACAACGAAUUUGUAUUCCGGGCCGUAAUGGAACGUGUAGGCAACGUCGAAGUAGAAGGCAUCGUUGCAGACUUUGAAGUAUCGUUUUAAAUGGUUAUAUAUAUUACUUGUAUAUAAGAUUUAGCAGAAUCGCAGAGAAGGUCAAGUCAGUGUAAAAUACUACUAAAAGCUUCAUGCAAAACUCUAUAUUAUAAUUUUGAUCAUGUUUGUAACUCAAACGUUUUUUCAGCCGUCUGGAACGCUGAUCGGGAAGUAUUUCCAGACCGGGACAUGAAGGGCUGCGCCUUCCAUUGGAGUCAGGAAGUGUUGAGACGGGUCCAGCAUGAGGGCCUUGCUGAUGUAUACAGACGUCGCGGAGGCGUAUCCAAGUUAAUUCGCAUGCUGAUGACCCUGCGGUUCCUUCCCGCUCCACACAUACGUGACUUCGAGACGCUGGAACUGAUGGCAACGACAGAUGCGACACGCCGCCUGGUCGUCUACAUCAGACGGCAGUGGGUCCACGGCAGGUCGUUUCAACCCAGGGACUGGUCUGUCUUCCGAUAGGACUUCCGGACAAACAACGACCUUGAAGGAUACCACAACCGCCUGAAUGCAAAAGCCGUUAGCGGUGUCGGUUUUUAUCGACUGGUUCUACAUCUGAGACAAAAAUCGGAAAUGGUGAGGAUGCUUGUUAAAGGCUGCGACCUUCACCGGAUCACCACAACGCGAUCUGCAAAGGUCCAGAAGUCCCUGGUGACCCUCUGGGACAAGUAUGAGUCGAAAGAAGUUCCUGGCCAAGGUCGAUCAAGUGUACGGCGUUGUGCUGGCGUUAUGUUCAUGUAUAUUCUAUUGUAGGUUAAAUAAUAUUGUAUUUUGCCACGUUGACUGUAUAUUGCCUGUAUUUUUUCUUGUAAAUGUAUAUUUUGUUAUAAAGAACAUAAAACAGUUCAUACAUGUUAAGUUUUAUGUCGAACUCCAUUUUCAUUUAAUAGAAAAUAGAAUUCACAUGUUUAACAAUUUUAUCAUGUAGAUCUUAUUGGAAUCAAGUGAAAUAAUGUAUAUUUUGUAAUAAAUUAUGUAUAGUUGGUAAUAAAAAUAUGUUAAACAAUAUUAUUAUGUAAUUGAAAUUUUGUAUAUUUUGUAUUAAAGAAAAUAUAAAACUUAAAUUUUAAAUUCAUACAUGUUGUAUGUCGUACUCCAUUUUGAUUUAAUAAGAAAUAGAAUUCACAUGUUUAACAAUAUUAUUAUGGAAUUAUGUUGUAUUUUGUCAGUGUGACUGUAUAUUGUCUGUAAAUGUUUGAUUGUAAAUGUAUAUUCUGUUGUAUAAAUUGUGUGACUGUGCUUGUACAUUGACUGUAUAUAUCGUAAAUGUAUAUUUAAACAUAAACAACAAAUAUAGAAAAUAAAAACUUCAUACCUGUAUUGUUUCUUAUUCCAUU